UAUCUAUGCUCAUAACAUUAGUCGCUCCUCAACCUUCGUGAGAUUCGGUCGCUUUCACGAUGUCCUCAUCAAAUAUGGCGCGAAAACUUUUAAUACGUAAACUAAAAAUUGUAAACUUUCAAAGGAGACUGUGCUUAAGUUCUGCGUUUAGGGAUUGUGACAAAUUUAUUGUUUCGUCACCGAUUCCCGAUAUAGUUUUGCCGCAGACAAGAUUCAUCGACUAUUUGUGGAAAGAAUCGGGAAGUUACAAAAAUCUAAUUGCCAUCGAAAGUUCGGAAACAAAGAAGACGUACACAUACACACAGCUUCAGAGAAACACAUCAGCAUUUGCCACUUCCCUGCUGAAGAAGUUGAAGUUAAAUCAAGGCGAUGUGGUCGCGGUAAUGCUUCCGAACUGUCCCGAGUUUCCUGUCGUUGCUUUCGGGACAAUGCAGGCUGGGUGUAUACUGACAACUGUCAAUCCUCUUUACAAGGAAGCGGACAUCGGUCAUCAAGUGGCAAUAACUGAACCGAAACUGUUCAUCACGGCUGCCGAAUGCUACGACAACGUGAGGAAAGCUUUGAAAUUCGCUAAAAGCGAUGCCAAAAUAGUCCUGAUCGACGAUCAAAGCUCACCGAUACCUAGCGGCACAAUCAGAUAUUCCGAAUUAGCUGAAAAAGCCGAGAUAGAUAACGGUGUUUUAGACAAAAUCGAAAAGAGUGACGACGAUGUUGCGUGCAUACCUUUUUCUAGUGGAACUACGGGUAUGCCUAAAGGUGUAGAGAUCACAUAUAGGAACCUUAUUGCAGGAAUGGUCUGUAUGCAUAUGAAAGAAAACUGUUUUCCUCAGUUGGCGACAGGAUUAUCCAAUCAAGACAUUGUUCCAUGUAUCCUCCCUUUCAUUCACAUAUAUGGCCUCGUGAUAAGUCUAAUGGGGCAUUUGUCCAAAGGCUGCAAAUUGGUCACAAUGUCAAAGUUUUCGGCGAAUCUCUUUUUCGAUGUACUGAAGAACCAAGAUGUUAGUUUACUAUACAUAGUGCCUCCUGUAGCGAUAUUGUUGGGUAAACAUCCAGAUGUACAGGCAGAACAUUUCCGCAGCGUUCGUAAUAUAAUCUGUGGGGCCGCGCCGUUGGCGGCUUCAGAUGUCGACGCCAUAUUGGAAAAGAGUAAAAAAAACAUCGAAUUCAAUCAAGGUUUCGGAGCUACAGAAACAACGUCACUGGGCACGUCGACCUUCAAAGGCUCCACUAAUGUAGACUACUCUGCGUGUGGAAUGCCCAUGGUCAAUUUCAAGCUGAAAUUCGCUGACCCUGUAACUGGUGAACCUAUACCGAUCGGCGAACAAGGCGAAAUGUACAUGAAGAGUCCUACAGUGAUGAAGGGAUAUCACAAGAACCCUGCUGCGACUAAGGAUACAAUCACGGAAGACGGAUAUUUCAAGACCGGUGAUCUCGGAUAUUAUAAGCCGGGCGUUGGUCUGUUCAUCACCGAUCGAAUAAAGGAACUCAUUAAGGUGAAGGGUAUGCAGGUAGCCCCCGCCGAGCUGGAGAGUCUCCUCCGCUCUCACCCGGCCGUGGCCGACGCCGCCGUCAUAGGAGUCCCACAUGAGUUCUACGGUGAAACGCCUAAAGCGUUCGUCAUUCGUAAAAACGGUCACGACAUUUCGGAGAAAGAGCUACAAGCCCACGUUGCUAGCAAAGUGGCCGUGUACAAGCAGAUAGAGGAGGUGGCUUUUGUUGAUGCUAUACCAAAGACAGCCUCCGGGAAGAUACUGAGGAAGGACUUGAAGAAGAUGUAUGCGUAGAUCGCAAACAAUACCGUCGUAUUAGGGGAAAUGUCCAAGAUUUUAUACUGGUGGUAGGACGUCUUGUGAGUCCGCGCGGGUAGGUACCACCGCCCUGCCUAUUUCUGCCGUGAAGCAGUAAUGCGUUUUGGUUUGAAGAGUAGAGCAGCCGUUGUAACUAUACUGAGAUCUUAGAACUCAUAUCUCGAAGUGGGUGGCGGUAUUCACGUCGUAGAUCUAUGGGCUCCAGUAACCACUUAACUCCAAGUGAACUGUGAGCUCGUCCACUUGUCUAAGCAAUAAACUAAAAAAAAGAUGUGACGUGAUGAGAUUGAGUCUCUGAUAUUGAAGAUAUAUAAGCCAUUUGUUUUUUUAAAUAAGAGAACCAUUCUAAAGUAUGGGAUGAGUCGUCUCUACUCUGUAUUUUACAGAAAAAAGUUAUGGUGAGGGUAAUGUCAAACAGGUUUCCGUCCAAUUGUUUUUAUUUGGCCAAAUUAAAUUAAGUUAUCUAUGUAUAAGUUAUUGAUUGUUUUUUUUUAAAUCUUAUUAUUGUUGGAUUAGGUUUAGAUUUAAUUAAUUUUUUAUUAUAAAAUUUUAAAUAAAAUUAAAAUUUCAUAGUAUUUUUGUAUUUGAAAUUUAAAUUUAGGUAUUUGUGGUGCAUUUAUUUUGUUUUACUUGCGUGUAUUUUAAAUGAUUUUAUACUUUAGAAAUGAUUUACUUGACAACAUUUAAAAUGUUCAAGAAAUAAACGCAUUUGUUUCUGUUA